UUCCAAAAUGUCAGCUUACAGAGGUUCCAUGUGUUUACUUCGUAAAUGUCAUAAAAUCAGUGCUACAAAUGCGUGUUUUAGAUUAUUUAGUGACAGUGCAUUUUCAUUGAAUAGACCCAGUCUAUUGAAAAGAGUUGUCAUUCAGGGACAAUCAAGCAUUGUUUGUUUUUAUUCAAAUGUAAAAGACAAACCAAAUGUCAAAGGGUUGACUGAUGAAAUUCUGAAAUCAAAAAUUCGUGAUGAAGUUGAUAAAAAUAAAGAAAACAAUCAAGUAAAUGAAAUCAAAAACACUGAACAAGAUGGCAAAAGAAGUUCUAAAUGGUCAAAAUAUACAGGAAAAAAUGCCUGGAAGCUUGGAAUAACAUUUUUAGGGGGUUAUAUAAUCUUGAUGUCUGGUUUUGUGUAUUAUACUUGGGGUGCACCAGCUAGAGACCCAGAGGGAAAUGUGAUAGAAGACGAAUUUAGUGAUUUGCCCACUGCACAGGCAUAUCUAAAAAGAGCAUUAAAAGAGCUUUCAAUAUUUAAACGGGCAAUUCAAGAUCCCUCCAGAGAGAAAUUAUUGCCGGAUCCUGUGUCAUAUCCUUAUUAUCAGCCACCAUAUACACUAGUUAUAGAGAUGAAGGGCAUUUUAGUUCAUCCAGACUGGACGUAUGCUACUGGUUGGCGGUUCAAGAAGAGACCAGGGAUUGAGUAUUUUUUACAGAAAGUUGGUCCUCCAUUAUUUGAAGUAGUAGUUUUUACCUCCGAAUUGGGAUAUACAGCUGAUCCUAUUCUGAAUAAUUUAGAUCAACAUGGGUAUAUUAUGCAUAGGUUAUAUAGAGAUGGUACCAAAUAUCAAGAUGGUCAUCAUGUUAAGGAUUUAUCAUGUUUAAAUCGUGAUUUAUCAAAAGUUAUCAUGUUAGAAUGGGAUCCGAAAUCCUGCCAAUUACAGAAAAGUAAUGCUUUAAUUUUGAAGAGAUGGAAAGGAGAAGAUGAUGCCCAAUUAUUUGAUUUAGCAAACUUUUUACACACUUUAGGAACUAGUGGUGUUGAAGAUUUAAGAACAGUUAUGGAUUAUUACCAACAAUUUGAUGAUCCUAUUGAAGCAUUUAAAGAAAAUCAAAAAAAGUUACAAGAGGAACAAGAAAAAAUGAGUAAGCAGGUACAGAUAACAGAACAAAGAAAAUCUAGUAAAUUUAAUUUCCUACCAGCUUGGAGACGGUAAUAUAGGAAAAUUGGAUAAUUAUGUUGUAGAGACAAUUUUAAGAUAAAUUGUUAAUUUUUUAAAAGUAUGAUAUACUAUUGAUUAGUGCUGAAUAAUAGUUUUACUAAUGGUGUCAUUAUAACUGAUAUUACAUUAAAUAUUGUUAAGUUUGUAAAAAAGAUCUUGGAAGUUGUGAGAAAAAAAAUAUGUAUGAAUGAACCCUAAACAAAAUUGUUCUGUUUUGGGAACAUGAAAUUAUUGCAGUAUGAGAUAACACAUUAGCUGUCACCAACUGUCAUGAAAUUACCUGUAAAGUGUACCAACUGUCAUUAAAUUACUGGUAUAUUGAAUUGUACCCUACUGUCAUUAAAAUAUCACAGUUUAAAAGCUCAGGUUUUAAAUCCAUCAUAUUACUUGUAUCAAGUGAAAUAUAAACCAUGAUCAUUUACAAUCUUUAUAAUAAAUUUUAUACAUGCAGUAAAGUAAAAUCCUAGCAGAAUUUAUAGAUCUGUGAAGAAGACCCCCUCUCAUCCGUCUCUCUUCUAGAAGAGGUAGAGCUAAAGUUGAACGUCCACAUUUUUAGUAGGGACGGACAGUAUUAAUUUUUAAUAAGGACUCUCCAAAGGAAAGUUUUGCCAUUAGCUCAUCUUCUCGAUCACACUAAUCAAUCAAUAGAGAGACAUAUAUAUUUGAUUUGGGUGCAAAGAAAUUAUCAUCAACCUUGCAUAUUUAACCAUAAUGUUUUGUAGAAUCAAAAAAUUUUAACAUAUUUUAUACUGUAGUUAUCGUCAAGUCAAGGUGUCCAUAAAUCCUUUCAUACUGUUAAUUAAAUUAAAGAUAUAGACAAUAUUGUUUGUGAGAAUUUGAUGGAUUUUUGUAAUAUUAUAUAUGUAGAAUAAGGCCUGUAGUGAUAUAUGUAUGAAUGAAUAAUACUUGUUAAUUUAAGAAUAAAUAAUGUGUGACUACAUUA